CUGCGCUUUGUGGCCACCUGUAGUCUUCUGGGACCUGUCAUGUGUCUGCAGUCUCUGGUCAUCUCCUGUACUAUGUCUGCAGUCUCUGGUCAUCUCUUGUACUAUGUAUGCAGUCUCUGGUCAUCUCCUGUAGUAUGUCUGCAGUCUCUGGUCAUCUCCUGUACUAUGUCUGCAGUCUCUGGUCAUCUCUUGUACUAUGUAUGCAGUCUCUGGUCAUCUCUUGUACUAUGUAUGCAGUCUCUGGUCAUCUCCUGUGCUAUGUCUGCAGUCUCUGGUCAUCUCUUGUACUAUGUAUGCAGUCUCUGGUCAUCUCUUGUACUAUGUAUGCAGUCUCUGGUCAUCUCCUGUGCUAUGUCUGCAGUCUCUGGUCAUCUCUUGUACUAUGUAUGCAGUCUCUGGUCAUCUCCUGUACUAUGUAUGCAGUCUCUGGUCAUCUCCUGUACUAUGUCUGCAGUCUCUGGUCAUCUCUUGUACUAUGUAUGCAGUCUCUGGUCAUCUCUUGUACUAUGUAUGCAG